CGCGUGGGGAAAGCGUGUAAAGGGAAGUCGCGUUUUUGAGGCUAGCACGUCUUCUCUUCUUCUCAUCAUCCAUCGAACAACAUGACAGCCGUUACUCGUACCCCUCCCACGCUGGAGCAUCCAAUUCGCACUUUACCUGUACAGACAACCACUAAUCGAGAUGCUUCCACCUCGAAUCAAUCACAAAAGCCAAAGAUGCAAGGUAGAAUAGAUAUCGCAAACCUAACCCAGAACAAUAUCGGUCAAUUGCGUAAAUUGAAUUCAGUCUUGUUUCCUGUUCGAUUUGGUGAAAAGUGGUACAAAGACGUACUCAAAGAGGAUGUCAAGGAGAUCUGCAAGUAUGCUUUGUUCAAUGAUAUUCCUGUUGGAAACAUCUGUUGUCGAUUCGAAAAGAGCACCACAAAAGAUGAUUCAGUUAACGUUCACAUUAUGACUUUGGGAUGUUUGGCACCUUAUAGGAGGAUGGGGAUCGCAACAGCCUUGUUGGAAUACGUCCUGGAUCAUGCAGCUCCCGGCAAAAAGGUCGAGAUAUCCGACUCUUUCUCUGAUGAUACUACAAAAACAGCACCAACAAAACCCACCGCCAAACCAUCAACAUCCAAAAAAGAAGUCAAACAGACAAAGUCAUACACUGUCGCCAAGAUUUACCUACACGUUCAAACAAGCAAUGAAGAAGCAAAGGUGUUUUACGAGAAAAACGGAUUCACCGAAAAAGAACGUGUUGAACAAUACUACAAGACUGGAAUCGAGCCAAGAAGUGCGUGGCUACUAGAGAAAGAGUAAAUUCAUUAUCACAUACAUGUACAGUAAUUGCAUGACAUUUCUAUCGCCAAAAUGGCUUGACAAUGAUGAUCGCCAGAGUUAAUAAGAUCAACAGGAUGAGGAACAAAAUACAUUGUCCUCUAGAAGUUCGUCUUUGGUAUGAUGUUGCCUGAUUUAAUUCUUUCACUGAUUCGGCCAUAUCCUGACCGAUGUGCUCUAUGUUGAAAUCGAUUCGAUCCAGCAUCGUUCCUUGAUCAAUAACUAGAGCGCUCAAGUCUUGGAAUAACUCCGCCAAUUCAGUAAUGCUCUUUGCGAUUUGAUCAAUCUCUCUAUCCCUUCGAACGAUGUCAAUCUCCGAUUGUGAUGGCGCCUGUGCUUGUUCUUCAUCGAUGAGCAGCUGAGAUUGAGCUUGCAAUUGAUCUUGCUGUGAUCUAGAGCGCUCAAGAUGUUGUCUUGAUAAUUCCAUAUCUUCCCGCAUCGCUGUUUCAGAAUCUGGCAUGUGUCCCGC